UGUCAAGUAAUGCGGCGUACAACAAGAAUUUGCUAAACAAUUGCGACAGAGUUUCGAGGAGGAUGGGAAAUACCGGAUCCGUACAAUCAUCGAAAUCGCGAAAAGAACGGAAGCGAGAAAGUGGUGACAGCGUAGAUGAUCGUCCCGGAAAGAAUAAAAGAAUUGUAAAUGGUUCCGAAUCCCGAACCAAUGGAAAAGAGAAAAUAAAAUGUCGUGCAACUAAUCCUUUUAUCAUCUUUUUUCUACGAUUACGAAGUAAAAAACCUAAGGAACACGUAACUGUAAUUGCACGAGCAGCAGGAAAAUUAUGGACUCAAAUGAGUCCGGAACAAAGAAAGAAAUAUAUAGAUUUGGCAAAUGCUGAGAAAAAAAGACGACAAGAACGUAAAAGAAAACGAAAAUCAAGGUAA